AUGGGCCAGCGGACUACAGGGCCCUGGCAGAAGAAGGCCAUCCGCACCAACUCAUUUGAGGUGACUACUACGCUGGACGACUACCGUGGCGCGCUGGAGUACGCAGAGGCGCUGGCGUACGACUGCGUGCAGGGCAUGGGCAUCGUGGCGCACCACGCCACGAUCCAGGAGUCCAAGAAGGCCAUGGCCGAGGCGCGCGGCGUGACCAAGCUCACGCGCCUAGUCACGCUGUUCGUGCCGCUGACCUUUGCCACGUCCAUUUUCAGCAUAAACGUGCGCGAGAUCAACGCCAACGACGGGCCCCCCCAUCUACGUCUGGGCCGCCGUCUCGGGCCUCCUCGGCUUCGCUACCUGGCUCUUCUUCCGCUUCGAAAUCUCCCACGUCUCGCGCCGGCGCGCGGGCGCAGCGUCUGGUCGAGGGGCCAGCCGUACACGAAGCAGGCGCCAGAUGUUGAGCUUCAUUGA